AAUGCCGGCCAAGCAUCCAUAUCAUUCGAGUGCCACACUUCGAGACGCACACCAACCAAUCAGGAUCCCAUCAGGACAGCAAGGCAGCACCACAAGACUCCAGCAAGACUCCAGCAAGACUCCGACAACCCCAAGAACAUGAAGCUGCUCAUUGUGCUCUGCGCUCUGGUUGCCGGCGCCACCGCCGGACUCAUCCGCACCUCAUCUGGCUCUGGCUGGGGCUCCAAUCCGUGGGGCAGCAGCAGCAGUGGCUGGAGCAGCGGCCACAGUGGUGGUGGGUGGAACAACGGCUGGUCCUCCCAGCCCCAGGUCAUUAAAGUAAUCAAGAUCGGCGGCGGCGGAGGCGGCUGGGGCGGCAGCAGUGGAGGAGGCUGGGGUAACUCUGGCGGCUGGGGCAACUCUGGCGGCUGGGGCAACUCUGGCGGCUGGGGCGGCAGCAGCAGCUCCAACAACGCCUGGGGCGGCAACAGCGGCUGGGGCAAUGGAUGGUCCGGCUCCGGCUCCAACAGCGGAUGGUGGUGAAUACCAGCAGAUCCGUACAACCCCUGAACCCCCUCCCUGUCCCAUCCUUGCCUCCUUCCUCCCCCCUCCCUUCCCCCUCUCUCUCUCGCGGCCUGCACUGAACUUGAUUCAUUCUGAAUUUGUAUCAUAAUAUUAUUGUGUUUACCAACGUUUUGUAAUACUCAUAUUUUUUUGUCUUAUGAUUUUGUUUGCAACAAAUACAAAUUGCAUCGUAAAUUGA